GAAUAUGAUUUAUUUUAUUGACAUUUAAGAAUGGUUUCCAGUGAGGUAUUGAGUGUAUAUUAUAACUUUGCUGUUUUAAUAGUACUAUUGCUGCUCUAGGAACAGCAUUUAGUUAUAAAAUAUUCAGUUUUAAUCCUGCUCUGAAUUUGUUCUUUUAAAGGAAAAAUUCCUUGUAAAAUUCACAGUGUUAAUUCUCUGAGAAUCUCUUUCACAUUCCAGCAAAAGUUGAUAUUGUAACAAAAUAUCCCCAAUCCAAUUGAAUUAAAUUGGAAAUCGAACCAAACUGGGACCUUGUGAAUUGAAAUUGAAACAAAAUACAAAAUAAUAGGAAAGGAGAAAAAAAGUAACACUUUUAAAAACAAGGUGUUUUAAGCAAAAUUGCAAGCCAUCUUAAAUCAUCUGGCAGUAUUGUCCCUAAUACUGGACACACUGUCUCCUAAUAUGGAAUGCUUUUAAAGCUUUAUUGUUUUUACAUACUCUACAGACAGAAUCAUGGAAUGUCUGUAAUUCAGCAUAAAACAUGUUUUUAUUAGGAUGAAUCUCAAGAAAUCCAGCCUUAUGAACAUACUUGCCCAAAACCCAUCCAUUUUACUCUGCUUAUUCAAGGCUGUGUCGAGGAGCCAGAAGUCUUAGCAAAAUACCCCAGGUGUCCCUCUCCCUACUUUCCAGCUUUUCCUGGGGGAUCUCGAGGCGUUCCAAGGCCACAUAAGAUAUAUAAUCCCUCCAUUAUGUUCUGGGUCUGCCCUGGGGUCUCCUAUCAGUAGGGAUGGGUAUCGUUAAGAUUUUAACGGUACUACUACUCUUAUCGGUACUGCUUAUCGAUCCGGUAUUUUAAAGGUACUCUUAUUGAUACUUUUUGAGGAAGAAAAAAACAAAUCAAGAACAUAAAUUGCUUUAUUUUCUCAAUUCUCAUUAUGCAACAAAAUAGUUUUUUAACAAAACAUUUUACUUUUUACAACUUGAAAUGUAAAAUACAUAAAAUAAUAGUGUUGUCACAGUACCAAAAUUGAGACCCACGGUACGAUACCAGUGAUACCAGUCUGAGUAGUAUCACAAUACCACAGCAAAAAUUAGGCAGAUGUGCCUUUUGUCAUGUAUUAAAAGAUACAUCACUUUUCUAUAAUACAUCAAUGAUAUUUCAGUGGAAUAAAUUACUUAUUGACUUAUUCAUACUUCAAAAAUGGCAUCAAUAAGUGAUUAACAUAGGAGGGAUCAAAAUAAAAUAAAUAAAUAAAAUAAAAAUCAACCAGCCACCCUGCUGCCCUGACAAGUAAAGAACAGUCCCUAAAGUGCGCUCAGGUUUGUAGACCGUUACCUGCCACAAAGAGAGAAAUGUGAACGGCUCGUUUCUCCUCUGACACGUCACAUACCUGUGUGCCGCCACAGCUCGGCUGUUCAGGUAUUUCUGGGCAGUCAUGACAUCAACAAAGAGGAAAAUAUUGGACCUGGAGCCAGGCUUCUCCGUUGCCGGAGUGGCGAGAAUCCUAAGCCAUGAGGGAGGCAUCACAGACAUUGAGGUUUUGCAAGCUGCUCUGCUUCAUGACACAGUGGAGGACACGGACACCUCUACUGCAGAGCUUGAAGCAAAUUUUGGACCAAUUGUGGCCCGUAUUGUUCAGGAGGUGACGGAUGACAAGAGCCUGCCCAAACAGGAUAGGAAGCGUCUGCAGGUGGAACAUGCACCUCACUGCAGCCGCCAAGCCAAACUGGUCAAACUGGCUGAUAAACUGUACAACCUGAGGGAUCUGAACCGCUGCACCCCUGCCGGUUGGACAGAAGAGCAUGUGCAGGAGUAUUUUGCAUGGGCCUGUGAGGUGGUGAAAGGCCUUAAAGGAACCAACUUGGCUCUGGAGGAGAAGCUGGAGGAGCUGUUUAAACAGAAAGGGGUCCAGCUCUGACAACAUGGAUGCAACACAACAGCAGAGAGCAGGCUGUUCAGAUUGCAAAUGACAUGCGUUUUCAUUUGUAAAUAUGGAAAUAAAUCAUAUUUCACAUA